CUCAUUCACCCACAUUUUCAACAGCUCACCUUCUAGAGCUUUCCAAGGCCCAAACAACCUGCAAAAGAUCACAUCAUCUCCCACAAGAUAAAAACCCUAGCUCCUCAAUCCAACUCACCAAUCCUCAUAGGCCGCGUGUCGUGCAAACACCACCCUCUCCACUACUCUCCUCUUCAACUGAUCCUCCCAUGCACGUAUAACAACCAAAACCCUAAUACUCUCUCUCUCUCUCUCUCUCUCUCUCUCUCUCUCUCUCUUCCUCCCUCCCAAAAUGAAGACCGAACUUAAGGGAACCCGUACCUCCAUCUCCUUCCCAAACUCUACCCUCUUCAACAACACCCAAGGCUCUCUUUCUGGUGCCUUAAAAGGUUGUUUAGGCAGCCUUGAUGGAGCUUGUGUUGAAAAGCUUCUCCUCCACUGCGCCAGUGCCCUCGAGACCAACGAAGUAACCCUAGCUCAACAAGUUAUGUGGGUCCUCAACAACGUCGCAUCUUCACUUGGCGACCCUAACCAAAGGCUCACCUCAUGGUUCCUAAGGGCACUCAUCACCCGAGCUUCUAGGGUUUGCCCCACUGCAAUGGGCUUCCAUUCCACUGCCACCCUUCAAAGCACUAGGAUUCGAUCCAUGUCUGUGACCGAGCUCGCAGGCUACGUUGAUCUAAUUCCAUGGCACAGGUUCGGAUUCUGCGCAUCCAAUAGCACCAUCUACAAUGCAAUUCAAGGGCACUCAAAGGUACAUAUCCUAGACUUUAGUAUCACUCAUUGCAUGCAAUGGCCCACUCUCAUCGAUGCCCUUGCCAAGAGACCUGAAGGCCCACCCUCUCUCCGGAUCACGGUCCCUUCCACUAGGCCGUCGGUCCCACCCUUGCUCAAUGUCUCGAAUGAAGAAGUAAGUCUACGUCUAGCCAAUUUCGCUAAAUCAAGGGACGUCCCGUUCAAGUUCCAUGUGAUCGAGGGUCCAUCUACCAAUCCUACUGAUGUUUUAUCAGUGCCCUCCAUAUUUCAUCAUGAAUUUCUCUUAACCCAGCUGAAUCCUUCAUUCUUAGACCUCAAGGAUGAUGAAAUCUUAAUAGUCAAUUGCCAGAACUGGCUACGCUACUUGCCUGACGAUCCAGGGGGGAGCACCCAAGACCUAUCACUGAAAGAUGGGUUUCUGGAAAUGAUCAAUGGUCUCAAUCCUCACAUGAUUGUAGUGGUCGAUGAGGACUCCGACUUGGAUUCUCCGACCCUCACGUCGAGGAUCACUGCAUGUUUCAACUACUUAUGGAUACCGUUCGAUGCACUAGAGACUUUGUUGCCCAAAGAUAAUCACCAGAGGAUGGAAUAUGAGGCUGAUGUGGGCCACAAAAUUGAGAACAUGAUAGCCUUUGACGGGCUGCAAAGGAUAGAGAGGUUGGAAUCCAGCAAUAGGUUGGUGCAACGUAUGAACAAGGCCCAUUUCAGGACUGUCCCUUUUGGUGAAGAGACUAUGAAGGAGGUGAAGUUCUUGCUAGAUGAACAUGCUAGUGGUUGGGGUAUGAAGAAGGAUGAUGAAACGUUGGUCCUAACAUGGAAGGGGCACAAUUCAGUCUUUGCUACAGCUUGGGUCCCUUGCAGGUUUGUUGAUCCAGACCGUUGAUUCGAUUAUCCAUGCUAUGGAUGGGAGAUGGCCCAAAAAGAUUCCAUAUUGGAUCAUCCGAACCCUCAAUCAACAGAAAAGAAACCAAUGGUUAAAAUAUAAAGCAAAAAUGGCGUGGAAAAAAAGGUGAAAGAUCGGACGGCUAGGAUCUUCCUGCAUGGGACAUUUUGGUGCCGAGUGCAUCGACACUGCUGCCGAUUGGACCACUGAUUAGGAUGAUCGACCCAUGGGCCUCACUUGUGUAUUUAGGGUGUGAAAUGUAAAUUACUGGUUGUUGAGGGGUUGUAUGGUCCAGAUGGAGGAAGAGCGUGACAAAAUAGGGUUGCUUUUUCUCAUUGGCAAAAGGCUGCAAAGUGGGCCCAAGACAAGAAGGAGAAAUGGGAAGGUUUCGUAGAAUAAGUUCAGCCUCACUACUGUUGUAGCAGAGGGAGGAAGUGUACAUAAUUGUUUGUAUAUGGCACAAUACCGUUCUCUUUUUGUUUGUUUCUCUUUGCAUUUUUCAGCUGUGGUAUGAAGCUGCUCAUGGUAAUUAGUAGCUGAAUCCAGUUCAAGCUAGGGCCAA